AUGGCAAAUGACGCAGGUCCGAGUCACCGCGUUGCACUUUAUAUUCCCGUCUGGGAAGCUAUCGAUGAAAUUGCGAGGGAAAUGGUGGUCGAAACUGAUCACAACUUGGUAGAAGCCUAUAACAGUGUGCCAAGAUAUUAUUACAACAAUUAUUACAGAGUCCCUCGAAAUACGUCAAUGCUUUCGGGACGUUUAUGGAUGUUUGAGUUGUUUAACGGCCACCAGGGCCGAUUUGAAGAUAAUGUCAGUAUGUCACAACCAGUGUUCUUGUUGUUAUGCGAUUCGCUUCACAGUUUCAGAUUGACGGUGUCGGAGCGUGAGCAUGGCGUUUCGCUGGAAGAGAAGGUAGCCAUUUUUAUUUGUGCGUUGCAGGGUCUAUCUUGGAAACAUUUGCAAGAACGGUUCCAACACUCAAAGGAGACAUUGUCACGCAAUUUUCAUGAGGACUGCAUCGGUGCAUUGGACGGGACGCACGUGAUGGCUCGUGUCUCGCAGGAGUACACCACAUCAUACUAUGGCCGGAAAGGCGUGCCGACACAGAAUAUAAUUGUUGUAUGCGACUUUAAUUUGUGCUUCACAUUUGUCUCUGCCGGUUGGGAUGGGAGCAUGCACGACAGCCGGGUUUUGCACUACGUGACAACCGAAGAGAAACAUCGCUUCCCGCACCCUGCACCAGGAAAAUACUAUUUGGUGGAUAGUGGUUACAGCAACAAGACAGGGUACCUAGCCCCCUACAAGGGGUAUAGGCAUCACCAAAAUGCCCAUCGAAAUCGAACACCGCAGAAUCAGUUCGAAAUGUUCAACAAGGCACAUUCGUCACUGCGUAGUUGUAUUGAGCGGACAUUCGGUGCCUGGAAGUCUAAGUGGGGGGCAUUGCGGAAUAUGCAGAAGUUAAGUUUUUCUAAUCAAGUUACGUUUGUAUGUGCAUCGAUGGCGUUACAUAACUUCAUACGCCGACAUAGCGAACUUGAUGAGGUCAUGAUGGGUAUCCCAGACCGUGACGAUUACGUGGCCCCCCAAAUGCCCGACCACGACGAAUACACACGGGUUGCUGAUGUGAUGGAGGAAGAGGACUCAGACCCUGCAAUGGCCACUGUAAGGGUGAACAUUACUAACGCACUGGUACGGCAAGCACACCGGUAG